UGACCUUCAUUUCAUUAUUCCCAUGAAUUUCCCAACCCAUCACCCAUUAUGAUCCCAUCGGCAUCAACUUCCGCCAAAUCCCAAAACCCAAAACAAUCCACACAAUAAUACUAUGCAAUCCACUACCAUUCCUCUCUUCAAUCCCCCCGUUUCCUCUCCCUCAAAUCUCCCUCGUUUUGCACCAACAAUCCGCCAUUUCCCCCCUCCAUCCAAGCUUCGUUUUCCCACAGCUAUGGCUUCUACACCUUCUGGCCUCGCCGUCGGGUCGCGAACAGGGACCGCUCCUAGAGGGUCGACAGGCACUGAUGGACUCUGUACUUUGACUGAUUUUGUGGGUAAGGGAGGGAUUGGUUUGGGAGAUGAUUUAGUGCUGCUGUUGACUCAUAUUCAGUAUGCUUGCAAGAGAAUUGCCGCUCUCGUCGCUUCUCCCUUCAGUUCCGAUCUUCAAAAUCCGGCGGGUUUGGCUGUUGGGUCUGAGAGGGAUGCACCCAAGCCGCUCGACAUUGUGUCUAAUGAAAUCAUCUUAUCAUCCCUUAGAAAUUCUGGAAAAGUUGCUGUGAUGGCUUCAGAAGAAGAUGAUGAACCAGUUUGGAUUAGAGAUGAUGGCCCAUUUGUGGUGGUAACUGAUCCUCUUGAUGGUUCUCGAAAUAUCGAUGCAUCAAUACCUACUGGCACAAUUUUUGGGGUUUAUAAACGUCUUGUUGAACUCGAUAAUUUACCGAGAGAAGAGAAGGCCGUGCUUAAUUCUCUACAGAGUGGGACUAAACUUUUGGCUGCUGGAUAUGUUCUCUACUCAUCAGCUACAAUACUUUGUGCCAGCUUUGGCUCUGGGACACAUGCAUUUACACUGGACCAUUCAACAGGAGACUUCAUUCUUACUCAUCCUCACAUCAAAAUCCCUCCUCGAGGGCAAAUAUAUUCCGUAAAUGAUGCAAGAUAUUUUGACUGGCCAGAAGGAUUGCGGCGAUAUAUCGACACAAUCAGACAGGGGAAAGGCAAAAAUCCAAAGAAAUACUCUGCUCGUUACAUAUGUUCUCUGGUUGCUGAUCUCCAUCGAACUUUAUUAUAUGGCGGAGUGGCAAUGAAUCCAAGAGAUCAUCUCCGUCUAGUAUAUGAGGCAAACCCUCUUAGCCUCCUCGUUGAGCAAGCCGGAGGCCGAGGUUCAGAUGGUAAACACCGAAUUCUUUCAUUGCAGCCAGGUAAGCUGCAUCAAAGGCUGCCUUUGUUCUUGGGGAGUUUGGAGGACAUGGAGGAGCUUGAAAGCUAUGGAGAUGUACAGCAGAAAGUGAAUCCUGGUUAUGAAGUUUGAAGUUGUGAUAGAGAAUGAAGUUUAAAAUGUAAAAAACAACCUUCAAAACGAAAAGGUCAGUGUCUAGAUUUUGUGUAGUUCAUCACAUUUUUUUUUCAGUGGCUUUGCAUGCUUUACUGGAAGGUGUAUAUAAAGUGUAGAAUAUUAACAGUAAAUUAUGACAGCAUGUGAAUUAUAUUAAUUUGCAAUCUGAAGAAGAGUUAUGUUCUUGUAACCGA